AUGCCGCCUCCUCCUCCUCCUCCUCCGCGGCGGGCCGUGCAGCUGGCGCCGAGCUCGCUGGCUCUGGUGCUGCGCCGGCGGCGGGAGCGGGACGAAGAGGAGGCGAGCGGGGCGGGGGUCUUCGAGGCGUUCCGCCGGGCCAACGCCGCCUGCCACUGGAACGCGGGGCUGGUGCGCGCCGUGGGCCGCGUGUGGCUGCAGGGCUGGCUGCGGGGCGGCGUCCUCUUGCUGCAGGGCCCCGCCGCCCCUCUCCAGCUGCUCCGCGACGCCUGGCUCCGCAGGGCCCUCCGCCCCCCCGAAGGCUUCCUCAUCAGGGCAGUCGGCGACGUCUCUCCGGUUCAUAUGAAUCCCAUCCUGCAGUCGCAGUUUGUUCCUCUGGGAGAAGUCUUGUGCUGCACUAUUGCUGAUAUGAAUGCAGCUCACAUGUCCGUGACGCAGGAAACCUUACUGGAUCAGUUGGGCAAACACUACCCAGGCAUUGCAACUCCCACACAUGAUAUUUUAUACAAUACUCUUGGGAUGCUAAUUAAAGAACGGAAGAUCUACCAUACUGGGGAAGGAUACUUCAUCGUGACCCCAAAUACCUAUUUUAUCUCUAAUAAUGCUGUGAAGAACAGCAAGAGGGUCCUUUUAGAGGAUACUGGCCCUCGGGAGUCGUCCAUCACGUACCUUGUAAGCAUGGAGGACUCUGUAGAGCUUGUGAAAGAGGAUUUCCCUGUUGCCACUCACUGCAAAUCCUGUCAUUGCUUCCCUGACCAUCCUGCAGGGAGUGAACCUCAGCAGCUCCCCAAUCAUAAACUUCAUGGGAAAAGUCAAAAAGGGUCUUGUGAAUCUAGAUUCUCUGUUCACAAUCCAGCCACCGAUACGCUUCCUGGCCGCCAUUCUUGUGAAACCGCUCGCUCUUCACAUUCUGCGAAGGAAAAAGAGAAAGGUAAAAAGUUUGGAUUGAGCCUUUUCUGGCGCAGUGCUUCUAAAAAAGAAAAACCCAAGAAAGCCUGCUCCUCGUUUUCUGCCCAGUUUCCUCCGGAAGAAUGGCCAGUCAGGGAUGAAGACAGUUUGGAUAAUAUCCCUCGUGAUGUGGAGCAUGAAAUUAUCAAACGCAUCAACCCUGGGCUGACAGUAGACAACUUAAUCAAGCACACCGCGCUGAUGCGGAAGAUUGAGGAAGAGAAGAAAUAUAUCAGUAAAGGAACCUCAACAGAAGUGUUGACCAUGAAGCACAGACAUUUUCCCAAAGGGUGUGGGAGGAAAAAACAUAGCAAGGCUGUAAAGCAUCGCAGGAAAGUGCAAUCUGGCAAAGAGAAACAGAUCAGUAAACCGCCAAGAGGCUUUAAAGCUGAUGACCUCACAACAGCUAACAGCAAGCUGGGAAACUGUACAGAACAUCCAUCCUCCUGUUUGACAAAUGAAUUUUUGCUUUGUGAUAAACAGCAGUGUGAGAAUGCAAGAGAGGCUGACCCGUGCUUUGUACACAAGAAGGAAAUUACUAAUCCAUUUCAAAGCAUUUUGUGUAGAGGAAAUAAAUCCACAAAAGGACACAGACGUCAGAAAUAUGACUAUGUAAAAUCCACAGUUCCUAGAUCAGAGAGGAAGUUUCUACAGCCCCACACUUUGGACUCCACAGAAAUGGCAGACUGUAGAACAAAAGAGUGGUUUGCUGUCAACUGCGAUGAUGAAAAGGACCAAAAGGAACAUCUGGCCACAGAUUGUUCCAAUCACCGUCAUGUUUUGGACCACUGUGUUGAACACUCAGAUCAUUCACAGUACCAAGCUUUACAAACAGGUGGCAAAUAUGGAUCCUUGGGAGAAAGUAUAGCUUAUAAACAUAAUACACAUCGAGGGGCAAACCCAAAAAGUAUGGGGGAGAACCAGGCAACUUCAGAAACUUAUACUGUACUCUUGGAUGGAUCAGAAAUGAAGUAUCCACAGGCUUCCAUUCAUGUUCACCAGUGUAGCAAAGCCGGCCAGUGUGACUUAAAGGAUUGGGAUUUAGGUCAGUUAAAAAGCACAUGUUUCCCCAGUGAUACAGAGGCUACUCACCCAUCAAAGCAGUCUGAAGGUGCUGCCACACAGAGACAUAAUGGGGAUUCAAAGAUGGAGCUACAAUUAAGCGACACUAGCAAAUGGCUUGAGUCUGUGAACCCGCAAUGUGAACGAUGCUCUUUUGACAAGUCAGUUCCAUACCCAAAAGGGGAGGUUGUCGACACUUGUGGUUCACUGGGUCAUGAUGGUGAAGAGCAACUAUGUAAGGAAGCAUCUGAGCUGCUGUCCAAACAACCUCAGUGUAGUUCUUCAGACACAGGGAGGCAAAAUAACAUAGAACGUAAUUCUCACUUCUCAGGGCAUGAAACAGCUACAGACCUGCUUGAUUCUUGGGAGCAUGAGGGGAGUGGGUUUUUUAGCAUUACUAGAUCAAACAGCAGCUCCAAAGAGUAUCAGAAAGUCAGCACUGAAGGAGAAAGUUGUGUCUGCCGCCAGAUACCUCGGUGUGUUUACAAAAGCGAUGAAGAGAUUGUGGCUGUUGGUGGACAUGGGCGAGCGUCGGAUACUGCUGAUACUUGUGUGUUUAAUUGCUGUGAUUUGCAUGAGGCAGAGGCCAGAACUUGGCAGGAGUCCAUAAAUGAAGUGGACAGGAAAUUGGCAUCAUUGGCCCUGCCAUCAAAAGGCAGAGAAGUUAAGACGAGCAUCAUGGAAAAACCACAGACAUUUGAUGAUGUGGUUAGCAUGACCAAUCAAUGUCCCCAGCAUGAACAAAGCCACUUGGAAGGGAUAGGGAGCCACAGCAUAACAGGAGACAGUGGAAUUGAUUCUCCAAGAACACAAAGUCUUGCAUCUGCUAAUUCUGCCAUCUUGGAAGGACUGAAAAAAAGAAGAAGUUUCUUGAUGAACUUGGAAGGCAUAGAGAAGACGAUACAGAGUGGCAGGGCUCUCACACGGAAUUCCUUACUUCAGUUGACUCCGGUCAUGAACGUUUAAUUUUUUUCCCUCUUCUUACCAAACUCUUGAGAAUUCUUUUGUAAAAAUGUGAAUAUAUUUACUGUAAAAUCUUUAAAGCUACGAAUAUGUUUAAUUGGCUGAAUUCAUUAUAUUCUUCUUUUAAAAUGUAUGAAAACUUUGUGAUAAGCUUUUGUAUUAAAAUGGAAUCCUUUUAAUACUUA